UCAAUUAUUCAAAACAGUAUUAACAGAGAAUGGGGAGCAAGAAGAGGAAGAGAGCCACUACUCACCCUCAUAACAAGUACUUUGAUAACCCACCUGAUUUUUCUCUAUUGGCCUCUAAAUAUUCUACCUUUGCACCAUUUGUUUUCUAUUCUGGUGAUGGUCGACCAAGAAUUGAUUGGACUGAUUUCAAUGCCACACGUGAACUCACUAGAGUUUUGCUCCACCAUGAUCAUGGAAUCAAUUGGUGGAUUCCUGAUGGACAGCUUUGCCCCACAGUCCCCAACAGAUCGAACUAUAUUCAUUGGAUUGAAGAUCUUUUGUCAUCGGACAUCAUUCCUAAAUUUCAAGCUGACAGAAAGACUGCUAAAGGUUUUGAUAUAGGAACUGGGGCCAAUUGCAUUUACCCUCUUCUUGGUGCAUCUCUUCUGGGUUGGAAGUUUGUUGGCUCUGAUAUUACUGAUGUAGCUUUGGAGUGGGCAGAGAAAAAUGUCAAAAGUAAUCCUCAUAUUUCUGAAUUGAUUGAGAUCAGAAGAGUUAACAUGGAAAUCCCAGCAUCUUCCAGUAAAGAGUUGAAUGAUGUACCAGGAAAAGAUGGCCAAUGUACAGAUGUAGACUUUGACAACGGAAAGGCUGUUGUCAUUGGGCCUUCACCCCCUUCUCAUCAACAAAUGCACUCAGGCAUAGGAAAAAAAUAUGGUGGACCACCUAUACUUGUUGGUGUAGUCAAGGAUGGAGAGAAAUUCGAUUUUUGUAUGUGCAACCCUCCAUUUUUUGAGACGCUAGAGGAAGCUGGAUUAAAUCCAAAGACUUCUUGUGGUGGGACUAUGCAGGAGAUGGUUUGUCCUGGUGGCGAGAGUGCUUUUAUCACUCGCAUUAUUGAGGAUAGUGUUCAGCUAAGGCAAUCAUUUCGGUGGUACACCUCAAUGGUUGGAAGAAAAACUAACCUAAAGGUAUUGAUAUCAAAGCUUUGGGAGGUUGGAGCAACAAUAGUGAAGACAACUGAAUUUGUGCAAGGCCAAACAUGCCGAUGGGGUCUUGCCUGGUCAUUUCUCCGUGCUUCCAAGAAGAUUGUACCAUCCCAUGUGGCUGAGAAGAAUAACAUGUCAUUCAUGCUUGAGGGUCUGCAACGCCAUCAGAGUGCCUUCGAUGUAUUGCAAUCAGUGGAAUCCUACUUCUGCAGUAUUGGUGCAUCCUCUAAAUUAGACUCUGCCUCGUUUAAUGUUGAUGUAACUUUGUCAGGUGAACAAUGUAAUUCUAUCCUGAAGACUCAAACACAGAAUGUGAACGAACAGGAUACAUCGAUAUCUGCAAAUUGUCCCUCCGACCAGCUGAAUGAUAUGCGUCUGCGUGUUUCUGUCUUCCAGCAGAUACCAGGGACACUUCUGGUGAAAGGAUUAUUGCUCCAGAAAGAGAUUCCAGGGGUAUUUUCUUUGAUAUUCCAGCAAUUACAGGAAGUUCUGAAAAGCAAAUUCAGUAAAGGUAUCAGAUGAUGGUUCCUUCUCUAGGUGCAGAAGAUAACCUGCAUAUAUGAUCUGCAAAACUACUAGUGAGAUGAUGCAAGUGAGACUUAUAUGUAAGGUUAAAACAGUUGGGUAGGCUGUGUAGGAAAUGUUGUAGUGUAUAUCUUUCUUUGGUCUGCUGUUUUAUGAUAGAAUUCUUGUUCUAGAUUUGGCUAAAAACAACUUUACUGAUAGUACUAGUAUUGUUUAGAAAAUCUUAACGUUGAAUGUUA